AUGCCUAAGCAGCACGUUAUUUUCGGGCGGCCAGUGCCCCGCAUAUCCUCCCGUCGCAUCUCGCUCCUCCUCGCGGCCAUCUCCAUCUUCGCCAUCUUCAGUCUAAUAAUCAGCCUCCCGAGCGCCAUUCCUACCGGCCCGAGUCUGUCCAAAUUCACCGAUCACAAAUUCUCCAUCCCCAAGUUGAAGGGCAGUUCGAAAUGGCCCAAGGUCUUCAACCCUUUCAAGCCCCCGGCGCACCCGCCAGCGAGGCAGAAGAACGACACUGACGGCGAGUCCUCGUGGUACUCCAACUGGAGGUGGCUUUCUAUCCCCUUCUCCUCCACAAUCACCCUCGAUGAGGGCCGCUCGCUGCUGCCGGACCUGCAAGAGCGCCCUCCGAUCUACUGCUACUACGACACUACGGUGCAAAAGGAUGCCGCGAGUAAAAACGCCGAGAGCGCCCUGCUGCUCACAUGGAGGCGAGCCUGGUGGUACCACGGCUUUAGGCCUGUUAUCCUCAGUGCUGCAGAGGCUAUGAACAAUCCGCUGUACGAGGAGCUCCAGAGGAUGGAGAUGGAAUCCUCCCUGAAGACCGAUUUGAUGACCUGGCUCGCCUGGGAGAACAUGGGGGGCGGUCUGCUGUCCAACUACCUUGUUCUGCCCAUGAGCAAGUACGAUGACCCCUUGCUCACGUUUCUCCGCCGCGGGGAGUACCCGUCCUUGACCAGGUUCAGGGGCUUAGACAACGGCCUUUUCGUGGGUCCCAAGAACGAGAUCGCUUCCGCCAUCAAGCUCGCUAUGCAGAGCCACGAGAUCAAGGCUGCGGGCGACAUCAUCUCUGUCUUGCCAGUGGAGAAAGAAGGGGAUCCUUUCACCAUAGAUAACACGCCCGAGUCGCUUGCGUUCUACAACGCCAAAGCCCUAGAGAGGAGAUUCACCAAGCUUGGCGAUCUGAUUACCAAAGACCGAGCCGCAGGGCUGAGGUCUCUGAACAAGCUCAUCAACGCACACCUGCAUACCACCUGGCAGAACACCUUCCCAGAUGGCAUUGCUGUGCUGAAGCCGGUUCCCAAGCACACGACCAAGAUGAUUGAGCCUGCCUGGGAUCUGGCCAAUCGCCUGGCGCAGUGCAACGACUCGCCAGCUCCCUCGACCUGCCCGCCAAACCAGGAGAGGUGUGUACCCUGCGUGUCGGCGAACGUCAAGCUGUACACGCCUGCCUUUUAUCGCAACAACACAUCUAUAUACACCAUCGGCACUGUGCCUCACCCCUACACAUUCCAGACCCUGGCGCACAUGAAGGAGUCGCUCGACGUUCCCUGGGUCCGGCGCAAGUCAGAGCGCGAUGCCUGGAUCAUAGCCGUGACCCGCGACAUUCUCGGCGAUGGCAUGGCCGGCGGCCCGCGCCUUCUGAAGUUCAAGGAGGCUGUCGCAGGCCCCGUGACGCACACUCAUUCCCUCUGGGUGGAGGCAGAGCGAGGCAUCCCCGAGGACAUCGUGGACUGGCACUUUGGCUUUGCCGUACCGCAGCUAGGCGAGGGUCUGGAUAGCGGCAGGUCCGAGACGCCCGUGCCCGGACCGGAGCGCAGGCCGCAGCCCGAGCACGACAAGGCUGACGGCCCCAUCGCGGAUCCCGAGGAACUGAAGCGCGAGCCCGCUCUGCUGGAGAAGGCGAGGGCGAUGGGCCGAAGCAAAGACAAGCGCGACGUUGCUAUCCGCAACGCCGUCGAGGCCUGGAACCUCGCGGACACGGAGGCGUGGCGGUUCGCGCGGGCCUUCUUGGCGAGGAGCCAGGUCGAGAGGACCAAGUGGGAGGAGGAAGAGGCCAAGUACGCCGAGGGCGUGGGCAGCGACAAGGGCCACGCCAAGAGCAAAUGGGGUAGGUGGCUGGAUCGGGGCUCCAAAUGA